AUCGAUUCAUUAUUAUGGUACAUGAUAUAUAAAGAGUAGUCUCAUGCUUCUCCUUUUGCUAUUCACACAUAUGAGUGACUCCCAUUUAUAUAUAUAUGAAAGAAUCUCAUAAACCUAACUUCACUAUCUCAACCAUACCUUCCUUCACAAAAAAAAUCUCAACCAUACCAAUAUUCUACUUCCACACAUUAGUUAAUUAAUUGAUUUAUUAUGGCACAAAUAAUCAUCCUCGAAACUCCACCAUUUUCCGCCGCCGCCGCCGCCGCCGACGAGGCGAAAAGCUCGACACUAGCUCAAGGGGAAGAGAGUAGCGGCGGCAAGCGGCGCCGGACCAGCGACGAGAAACACCCGACGUAUCGCGGCGUGAGGAAGCGGAGCUGGGGGAAAUGGGUGAGCGAAAUCCGGGAGCCGAGGAAGAAGUCGAGAAUAUGGCUCGGGACCUAUCCGACGGCUGAGAUGGCGGCUCGGGCCCACGACGUGGCGGCUCUAGCCAUAAAGGGCCAGUCAGCCGUCUUGAAUUUCCCCGGCUCGGCUCACGAGCUGCCCCGCCCGGCCUCCGCCGUGCCCAAGGACAUCCAGGCCGCGGCCGCCAAAGCCGCGGCCUGGACCUCGCUACCCGAGCCGAGCUGCCAGUCAUCCGAUGCCGUGAAGCCGGCUUCGACGGCUCACGACGACGACACAUUUUUCGGGUUGCCGGAUUUGUCCCUGGCUAGCUAUAACUUGGCUUCUUCAUGGCAGCUGGCCGGAGCCGAUAUUGGAAUAUUCCGGGUUGAAGAGCCGUUUUUGUGGGAGUGCUACUAGUAAUUAUUAACUUCUUUUUUUUUUUUUCUUUUUUUAACUAAUUUGAGUUUGAUAUAUUGGGAAAAAGAAAAACUCAAAUGUGUGAACUAAAAUUGUUGCGUAAUUAAUGAAUGUAUAUAGUUUGAAAUUUGUGAUCAAUCACAAAUUUAUUAAUGUAGUAUAUAUAUCUUUCGUUUCAGUA